AUGCCUGGAGGUGUCACCGUUCGCGAUGUCGAUGCUCACAAGUUUGUCGCGUCCUAUGCGGCUUUCUUGAAGCGCCAGGGCAAGCUCCCUGUCCCUGGCUGGGUUGAUACCGUCAAGACCGGGGCCGCCAAGGAGAUGCCUCCUCAGGACAUCGACUGGUUCUACGUCCGCGCCGCCUCUGUCGCUCGCCACGUCUACCUGAGGAAGACCGUGGGUGUUGGCCGUCUCCGCAAGGUCCACGGCAGCGCCAAGAACCGCGGCACCCGCCCCUCGAAGCACGUUGAUGCUAGCGGCAGCGUCGACCGCAAAAUCAUGCAGGCCCUUGAGAAGAUCCAGGUUCUCGAGCGCGACGAGGAGAAGGGUGGCCGCCGCAUUACCCAACAGGGCCAGCGGGAUCUUGACCGGAUCGCCCAAACUGUCGCUCAGACUGAGGAGGAGGAGGAGGAUGAGGAGUAA